AUGCACAUUGACACAUCCUCUGGGUUCACCACUAAGGGCAUCAAGUGCCUCUACUCGCUGCCACAGUUGGAGCAUCUGGAGCUGAAGGGCAGUGUUGUCACCGAUAGCACCCUGAAGGGCAUUGAUAGAAUCCGCUCUUUGAAGCUUCUCUACCUCAACCGCGCUGAGGUAACUGAUUCUGGGCUGCAGCACUUGAUGUGUCUCACUUCCCUCAAGACUUUGAUAUUCUACAAGUGCUGGAAGGUGACGUGUGCUGGCAUGGUGCAUGUGGGGGGGAUGACAAGCCUCGAGGAGCUGUAUCUAAACGGAAGUGGAGUAAAGGAUGAUGGACUUUUGUUCCUGGCACCAUUAACCCGGCUCAAAGCGCUCGUCCUUCCAGAUACGAUCACUGAUGCUGGCAUGCAGCACAUCCAGUACUUAUCUGCUCUGGAGUGGUUGGACUUCAAUUCUAAAGUGACCGAAAAGGGGGCUAAGCUUCUUGCAAGGCUACCAAGUUUGAAGCUGAUUACAGCGUGCGGCGGCGAUUUCCGGAAACUGCUGAGUGAUGUUCUUCCAGGAGUGGAAGUGGGCAGUGAUUUUCCACCUGGCACAGUUUUUGGAGAUUGA